CCCAGCCCUAGCCUCUGGGGCAUCGUCUGGCCUUCGCCGUGGGCCCUCCGCCUCUUCGCGCACUUCCUGCCCUCCCACCUUCCUUUUCGCCCUUCCACCCGACCUCCCCCGAAGCCUGACCGCUGCUUCUGGGGUACUGUUUCCGGGUCAGGGUGACCUCUGGGGUGAAGAAACUGCGACUGGGAGCGGGACCCGGGCGUGCAGCAUUCGCCAUGCUCGGCUCACGCGUGGGAGACUGGCCUGCGGGGUACCGGCCCGGAAAGCACCCAGCCUCCAAAGCCGCCUUCCUCAGGAAAAUUUCCGUGACCGUGACCUUACAGCCCUCCGUCUACAGGCCUUGUACCUCUCCAGGCCGAUUUUUCCACAAUUUAAAUCCCAGUUCACCUGGUAUCCAGCUGCAGCAACUUAGAGCGUUUCACGUCACGCCGGGCGCCAGGCGUCGGCUUGUAUAACCUGAAAACGCUCCUGUUUUUUCUCAUCUGUGCAGUGGAGAAGUUGUCCGUUUCAUCUCAGUUGUCAAGUAAAUACAGGAACAAAGGUUUUGAGUCCCACCAUGGCCAUCACCCAGUUUCGGUUAUUUAAAUUUUGUACCUGCCUAGCAACAGUAUUCUCAUUCCUAAAGAGAUUAAUAUGCAGAUCUGGCAGAGGACGGAAAUUAAGUGGAGACCAAAUAACUUUGCCAACUACAGUUGAUUAUUCAUCAGUUCCUAAGCAGACAGAUGUUGAAGAGUGGACUUCCUGGGAUGAAGAUGCACCCACCAGUGUAAAGAUCGAAGGAGGGAAUGGGAGUGUGGCAACACAACAAAAUUCUUUGGAACAACUGGAACCUGACUAUUUUAAGGACAUGACACCAACUAUUAGGAAAACUCAGAAAAUUGUUAUUAAGAAGAGAGAACCAUUGAAUUUUGUCAUCCCAGAUGGGAGCACAGGUUUUUCUAGUAGAUUAGCAGCUACGCAAGAUCUGCCUUUUAUUCAUCAGUCUUCUGAAUUAGGUGACUUAGAUACCUGGCAAGAAAAUACCAAUGCAUGGGAAGAAGAAGAAGAUGCAGCCUGGCAAGCAGAAGAAGUUCUAAGACAGCAGAAACUAGCAGACAGAGAAAAGAGAGCAGCCGAACAACAAAGGAAGAAAAUGGAAAAGGAAGCACAACGGCUAAUGAAGAAGGAACAAAAUAAAAUUGGUGUGAAGCUUUCAUAACACAUGUUCUUUACAUUUUAUCAUGCCAGUAGGAGAAAUCUCAGCUCCACAACUCUAGCAACAUUUGUAUGGAUUUAAGAGUAUUUUAAGAAUACACACUGCUUGAUUUUAAUACAUUGAUCAAGCCAUCCAGGACACCAGGAUUCUCCCAAAGUACCUUGAACUCUUAGUGAUUGAGACUCAAAAAAGACUUGAGACAAUGUUUUCUUCAAUGUGCUCCAAAUAUAAGAUAUUUGUUUGCUGUACAGAAAGUAUCACAAAUGGAAUAUAUCAGUACCUCUCAAGCUAGUGUUUCUAGCUAAAUAAAUGGGUGUAUAUAAUUUUAUGGUGGAAAAGGUCUGUCAUGAUUUCCUUCAAUGUGCAUAAUGAUAAAAUAAAUAAUUUUAAUAUUCUUUUGUUUCCAUGGUUACCUGACCUAAAUUAGAUAAAUUGUAGGGCUUUAGCUUUCUUAUUUUUGUCAAAAGUUGGUGUUGACAUACAUUCUCUCUAAUUUGAAACGGUAUUGUUUACGUUUGAUACAACAUUAAGGAAUUUGAUGAUUUUCAUUUCAUGAAAAUGACAUUAAAUGCAAUAACUUUAUUUAUCAUAAACAUUUUGUACAUCAUUGUUUUCUUUUGGAUUGGUGUUUUAAUGUCAUACAUGUAAUUUAUACUGCAUGUAUAAACAUUGAAAAUCAACUAAAAUGACAUUUGUUUUACAUUAUAACUUGUGAGUUUUAAGAACUAGUAUUAGUAGUUUUUUCCUUUCACUAUAGAUUUUAAGAUGUUGUGGUAUCUUUGAGUGCCUUAGUUCUUCCUCUAUCCCAAAAGCCAUUAAUUUACAAAUGCAUAAAGCCAUCAGGUCAAAUAUUUCAAAACUUGUAGAUGAUUUCUGUAUUAGCUUUAGAUGUCCGAUAUUAUGUAGGUUACCUGUGUUAUUGGCUAGGAUAACAUUAUUGAUUCAUUAAAUCAUAAAGGUAGGAAUAAUAAUCUUUUAUUUAUGCUGUUGAUUGGCUCCAAAAUAGUCUUAAGGAAAUAGUUAAAUACUGUGUUUAUAGGGGAAAAGUAGACUUGAUAGUUUAAAAUCCCAUUAACCUUUUCAUCACAACUGAAAUGUAUCCAGCUCGAUUUUCCUAUCAUUUUAGAAUUUUUGAAGUUUUUUACUAAGUUACUGCCUAGAAUCAACACUCUGUGAGAUUUUAAAAUGUCAUAGAUACUCUACAGGCCAAACCUUGCUAAUUUAUUUUACUUAAAGCGAUAUUUUAUAGAAAAAUCAUACGUUAUACAAUGAGAACCCUUUAAGCCCUUAGCCUAAGAUUCCAGACUAAAUGUGAUUAUAGAAUAAGAUGAAAUUUAACUUUGAUACAGAGUUUGUUAUAGCCCCAAAUUAUAUUUCCAGUUAUAUUCAUUAGAAUUUCUGCUAAUAAACUCCCAACUUAAAUAGAAUUGGGCUCAAAGUUUUAAUAAUGUAUUCUCUUCCUUCUUUGUAUUUAUAUUUAGUUAUGGGAAUACAACAUGGCUUGUCUAAAUUUGGAGUUCAUAAAGGAUAACUUCCUUUAGCUCAAUUACUUGUAUUGCUUUUCCCCAGUAGCUGGAAAGUAUUUAAGUUUGCUUUGGUCAUGAUUUUCAUAUGUUUGAGGUUUUUGUUGUUGUUGCUUUUUGGCUUUUUGGUUUUUGGUUAUUUAAAAAUAAAGAUGUUAGAAAUUAUAGUUAGUAUGAUUAAUUAGGAAGAAAUAGAUUUUACUUGUUGAAAGAAUAGAUAACAAUUCUGGAAUUUAUUUUAUCUCUAUUGAUAUGUAAACUAAAUUCCUGUAUUAACUUGGGUAUA